AUGCACGCGUCUCCUCCUGACAUCAGUGAGUCGGCCAUUAUCGACGCCCUCAUCUCUGGAUUUGAUGCCCUGCUGUCCACGGUCCGCGCGCAUAUCAAGAACGAGAAGGCCUUGAGGGAGAGGCUGGAAUUUGCGGCAAAUGAGUAUGAGAAGGUCUUAGCCGCUGACAGCAGUCUCUCGGCAUCGUCCAUUGCUCCGAGCGAAGUCGCCCGCCAAUUCCGAGAAAUCCCUGCCAUCGACGCGGACGUCGAACUCUCCCUUCCCAUCCGCGAAGCGCAGCAAGCCAUACAAACGUACAAGAUGUCCAAGACACAGAGAUCUCAGAAUAAUGGGCGACGUUGCCCCAUAGCACACGGAAAUGGCGAUCCCGAAGAUCUUGAGCGAGAUUUUACUACUCCGGGGGUCCAAGGCACGCUGGGAUGUCCCUUUGCAAAGAUGGCCAAUGGACCUGCGUCCUCUAUCCACGAGGAUCCUAUAGCAGCCGAGUUCCACCAGGACACGUACUCAGCACGCUCUCCACAUCCGGACCAACGUCCAGGUCAAUGUCCUAUCCGUUUCCUCGAUCAGCAUUCUCCAGAAGAGGUUGCCAAAUAUUUCGAGAAUCACAAGCACGAGAUUCCUCGAAGCCACGAAAUUUGCGUGCGAAGAUACCAGGGCAAUGAAAGCGGCGCCCGGCAACUAGACGCAAAGUAUGGCAAUUUGGUAAACAUGAUACAAGGUCUAGGAGUCAAGCACAAAGCAUACCUGCCAGAGCGAGAUAGGAUUGAAGAACAAUCAACCCAGGCAGUGGAGAAAUGGGCUGAGAAUAUCAGCGAAACUGCUGCUGCACCACCAACCCAAGACGGAGCAGUCGCAGAUGAAGAACCGAGAAUAUCACAUUUCGAUAAACCCUUAAGGGAAGUCCGGGUUGGCGAAUCUCCCAGCCGGCCCUGGGGAAUCUCGGUACCAGCCGAUAAAGAACCGACGCUCAGUGCCCUCCAAGAGGAAGAAAACGUGGCACAUCUCAAGAUGCGGUCUACGAGCCCCCAUAAUGCUUCGGCAGCGCACCGCAAUGAUCAUCCGCAAGAGCAGGGUCAGACGACCUUUCCGUCAAAGAAACAAACAGACGACUCCCCCCAGGGCAAAGAGCCCCGCACCCAAAUCAUCUUCAACGGACCCGUCUUUUUUGGAUAUUCUGCUGAGGAAGUGUCAGCUUUAUUGCAGAAUACUAACCUGGGCAACAUGAAAGCCGGUGGUGGCUAA